AACACCAACAGCAUCAGCAGCAGCAACAACUGAAGCCAACAACAAUGGCCAGCGACGUCGCGUGGCAGCAAGCGACAGCUGCAGCAGUUACAAUUACAGCAAUAAUAAUAAGAAAUUGAAGCCAACGCAAAUGCAUUCCAACGAGGAGCCGCCAAUGGCGGUGAUCGUCGACAGUGGCAAUCAGCAGCAGCAGCAGCAGCAGCAACAACAACAACACCAACAGAAGCAGCGUCGCAGCGGCAGUCAGCAGCGUCAGCGCAAAUCGAGUUCCUGCAGCAACAGUGCAAAGGCCACGCCCACGCCGCAUACGCGACGCCCACAUCGACAGCACUCCAAUGCUUCCGACACCAAGCAGCAGCAGCAGCAGCAGCAGCAGCAGCAACAACAACAACAACAGCAACAACAAACGCAGCAACAGCGACGCUAUCAGCACUCGAGUCGCGGGGGCAGCAGAGAGCGGAGUCAGGAUGGUGGUGGACAAAGACGACGGCGGCGUCACAGCGGCGCCUCCUCAACGCUGAGCGGUCAGCGGACGACGGGCCGGAGUGGACACGCUGCCUCAGCGGGCAGCUCCUCAACAGCAUCCAGUUGCAAUGGCAGCUGCAGCUCGGAUGAUGGCGGCUCCUCGCACACAUCCUCGUCGUCGUCGUCGAGUUCGUCGGGUGAGCCGAACUUGCCGUAUCCGGGCUUUCCAGAGAUUGCGAUGAAGGCACUGACGCAAUAUACGCGACCGCGCAACUGGUGCCUCAUGCUUAUCACCAAUCCGUGGUUCGAGCGUAUCUCGAUCUUGGUCAUAUUACUGAAUUGCAUAACGUUGGGUAUGUACCAGCCCUGUGUGGACGACACGUGUCUGAAGCCGCGCUGCAAGAUACUGCAGAUCUUUGACGAUAUAAUAUUUGCGUUCUUUGCCCUGGAGAUGACCAUCAAAAUGGUGGCGAUGGGUAUGUGUGGCAAGAACACCUAUUUGGCUGACUCAUGGAAUCGAUUGGACUUCUUCAUCGUACUGGCCGGACUGCUAGAGUAUGUGAUGCAUGUGGAGAAUCUGAAUUUGACAGCGAUACGCACCAUCCGAGUGCUGCGACCCUUGAGGGCUAUUAAUCGUAUACCCAGUAUGCGAAUUCUGGUUAUGCUGCUGCUGGAUACCCUGCCCAUGCUGGGCAAUGUGCUUCUGCUCUGCUUCUUUGUGUUCUUCAUCUUUGGCAUUAUUGGGGUGCAGCUAUGGGAGGGUAUACUGAGGCAGCGAUGCACUUUGGAUCGGCCCGAUGGCAUGAUCUAUCCCAUAACGGGACUACCUGAAGUGUACAGAGUUCGAGUCCGUGUUAACUCGAAAAACCAUCAGUUUCUAUUGCAAAGCCUCUCGCAAUAUUAUGAGUUCUCCAAGGAUCAGGACUAUAUCUGCUCCACGCCCGAAGAUUCGGGCAUGCAUCUGUGCGGCAAUUUUCCGCCCUAUCGCAUUGGCUCGCUGGUCUGCAGCGAGGAGGCCAAGCUGCUGGACCUGAAUGAGCCGACGAACACAUCGUGCGUGAAUUGGAAUCAGUAUUACACGAGCUGUAAACAGAGCGGCGAGAAUCCUUUCCAGGGCACCAUAUCCUUUGACAACAUCGGCAUGGCUUGGGUGGCCAUAUUUCUGGUCAUAUCGUUGGAAGGCUGGACAGAUAUUAUGUAUUAUGUGCAGGAUGCGCAUAGCUUUUGGGACUGGAUCUACUUUGUCCUGCUAAUUGUGAUUGGUUCGUUCUUCAUGAUCAACCUGUGCCUGGUCGUUAUUGCCACCCAGUUCUCGGAGACGAAGAAGCGCGAAAUGGAGCGGAUGAGGCAGGAGCGGGCCCGUUAUACGUCCACGUCAACGCUGGCGAGCAGCACGAAUAACUCGGAGCCGGCGACUUGUUAUGCAGAGAUCGUUAAAUAUAUUGCGCAUCUGUGGCGUCGCUUCAAGAGACGAAUGUUAAAGAAGUACAGAUUAUAUAAGUAUCAGCGCCAGCAACGUCGGGAGGGUCUGCUGCCCAAUGCGGACAAUUUGACAUUUUCGCCGUCACGGAUCAAAUGCCAUCAUCCGAAUUGCCCCAAGUACAGUAAUCGCAAGCCGUCCAGCAUGCAGGAUCAGAUGAUUACCGUUAUGGUUCCGCUCAAUUCCAACAAUAACAACAACAACCACAACAACAGCAACAACAAUAGCAGCAGCAACAACGGCAGCACUGGCGCCGCUGGCAAUCACACCACUGUGGCUCUAAUUAACGGUAUUAAUGGGAGCGCAGCCAGCGUCACAAUGACGCAACAUCAACAGCUGAUAAGUGGUGCAAGUGCAGGUGGUGCGUCGGCACCACAGCUAUCCUCAUCAGACAACACAGACGAGGCAGGCAGCGGUUCGGGAAUUGCUCGCCGCACGUCGUCGUUGAAGAAACCCACUCACAAUAUGCAGCUGAUGCCGCCGGAUGGUGGUGGAGCCCUCGACCAGCAGCAGAAGACAAUCCUGCUCAAGUUGCCGCAGCAGGUCAUCGACUCGGAGCAACUGAUUCUGCAGUUGGGAAAUUUAGGCAAGAGCAAUCCCUGCACCUCGGGCUUCCUCAGUCCCCCCACAUCGGCCAGCCGCCGGCCCUCGGUGAUGUUUAAUGAAUAUGUCCUGCUGCACACCCCGCCGGCGCUCAGUGCCGAGCCAGCGUCCAGUGGCACCGGCGCUGCUGCUGCUGCGGCCACCACCACAACGAUACCAACAACAAGUGGACCAACCGCAGCAACAAUUGCACCUUCGGCAACAUCAGCAAGCAUUGGCAGUAACAGCGGCAGCAGCAGCAACCAACUUUCGGCCAACCUGGAAAAAAACAACAUUCUAUCAACGGAGAAGAUGACACAGGUGGGCGAUGGCAGCAUCUGGCAGGUGAAUCUACCGCAGACCAUCGGCACCAUUGCCAAUCCGUACGCCGAUUGCUCUGAAUUGGCGGCAUUGCCCACGGGUCAAAGCACGCUCGAGUCAUUUUACUCAUCGCUCGCCCGCUGCGAUCCCCACACUGUCGAUGCAUUCAACAAGGUGCAACAGAAGCGCAUUGCAGCCGCUGUGGCUGCCGGCGUUGUGGUGGCACCAACAUCAGGCACCGGUUCAGCUGCAAAUGCAGCCACAACUGCCGUCGAUCUGCUGGACAACACUGGUACAGAGCAGAUGCCGUCAUCGACUCUGGCGCCCGCAAUGAGUCUUGAGCUAGCGGCUGUUUCGGCAGCUGUACCCCAUGGACCCUUGGCCACGGCCACUGCUCUGCCACUGGGCCAGGGACGGAGUGGGGAGGCACAAAUGCAGAAUCGUCGCAAGGACCAUCAGCAUCAUCAGCAAAAUCAGCAUAACAACAACAAUAACAAUAAUAACAAUCACAACAACAAUAAUAGCAACAGCAAGAACAAUCGCAACAAUAAGCAGCGUAACAGCCACGCCCCCACCGGCAACUACAUGGAGGAUUAUGCCUGCUGCUAUGAUCUCUAUCAGAAUGCACUAUCCCCAUUGGAUGAACGGCGGCGUCCACGUUCGGGCAUCCUUCGUCUAAUUAUCGCCAUCUAUCGCUGCCUGAUGCGCGUCUGCAGCUGGAUCCGGAGGUAUAUUAAACGGCUUGUGGAGCACAAGUAUUUCCAGCAGGGCAUACUUCUCGCUAUACUAAUCAAUACCCUGUCCAUGGGCAUUGAGUAUCAUGAUCAGCCCGAUGAGCUCACAGCCAUUGUGGAGACGAGCAAUGUGGUAUUCUCUGGCAUCUUUGCCGUUGAAAUGUUGCUCAAGGUCAUUGCAGAGGGACCCUUCCGCUACAUAGCAAAUGGUUUCAAUGUCUUCGAUGGCAUCAUUGUCAUACUCAGCGCCAUUGAGAUCUGUCAAACAUUUGCUGGCAACGGGACUGGUGGCGGCGGUUCGGGUUUAUCUGUGUUGCGCACCUUUCGACUCCUGCGCAUCCUUAAGCUGGUCCGGUUUAUGCCCAAUUUGAGGCGUCAAUUAUUUGUCAUGCUGCGCACCAUGGACAAUGUCGCUGUCUUCUUCUCCCUGCUCGUACUCUUUAUAUUCAUAUUCAGCAUACUCGGCAUGUAUCUGUUUGGCGGUAAGUUUUGUAAAUUUUUGGACGAAUCAGGACUCGAACGCGAAUGUACGUGUCCCGAAAUAAUCAGCCGACAUCCGCAAUGUGAAUGCGAUCGCAAACACUUCAACAACAUUUUGUGGGCCACUGUCACAGUUUUCCAAAUACUGACGCAAGAGGAUUGGAACGUGGUUCUAUUCAAUGGCAUGGAAAAGACAAGUCAUUGGGCCGCACUGUACUUUGUGGCCCUAAUGACGUUCGGCAAUUAUGUGCUGUUUAAUUUAUUGGUGGCCAUUUUGGUUGAGGGAUUCAGUUCAGAGCGAAAUGAACGUCGCGAGCGCGAACAGCGCGAAUUGGUUAAGAAACUACGCGAAGAGACAUUGGCCGAAAAUUAUAGCGAUGGUAUGUACGAUGAAUCACGCAGCGAAGCGGAUUCAUCGACCACUAACGAUAGUUACUACGAGGUACGCAAUCGCUGGCGCAGCGCUGAGGAUGUGCGCAAGCAGCAGCAGGACCCUUCGGAGCUGACCAUCGAGGGCAAAAGUAAUACCCAUCGACAGCGCCUUCUGCAGCCCAUCCAGGACUAUCAAAUCAACGAGCUGCCCUCCCAAGGAGGAGGAGGAGGCGGCAGCAGCAACACCGAGGAGGCCAGCAGCAAGCUACUCCCUCACGACGACAUCAAGCCUCGCGGUGGCCUCAAAAAGACAUACUCGAUCAAGGAUCGACGCAACGAGGCGCCACGCAUAUCCAAGAUGCGACUUAUACGCGAUCCGCCCCUAAUUACAACAACGGCUGCAACUCCACAGGACUCCCCCAGUACCACUAUGGAGCCAGGCAUGGGCUUUCGCCAAUGGGGUGAUCUUGAGCCGGCACCACCAUCGCCGUCACUGCUGAAGCCACCGAACAUUUUUAGCGGCGGUUCGCGGACUCUGGACGAGGGAAUACCGUCCAUCGAUCUUAUACCGCCAUCACCAGUUCUGGCCCACAAGCCGCUCAACAUACUCAAUGCCAGCCAGCUGCAGGGUGCAACUGGCGUUGGCGUUGGGGUUGCGAGUAGUGUCGCUGUUAGUGGUACAGCUGGCACCGCCAGCAUAUCGAACAGCCUACUGCCCAGUGCACUGGGCAGCAGCAUGCACAGCGUCAUCAUCGAUGACAUCUCGAAGAAUUCCAGCGCAACGUCAACCGCCACGCCCAUCUAUGUGCCGACCAUAUCAUCGACGGCAGCAACCCUACAACCACCAGCCGAUAGUCAUAGUCAGAGCUUAAGUUUGUCCUUGGAUCUGUCGCCGCUGGCGGGUACAACGGGUGUUGGUAGCAGUGUUGCCUCUACCAGCGGUAGCUCAUCCAGCGAACGUUUGCCGCCAGCACCCACAACAAGCAGCAGCAGCAGCUUUAAGCAGCGCUUCCAUCGCAGCAGCAGCAAGAAGCGUCCCUCAACGCUGCGCACCACAGCCGAUGAUAGCCACAUUGGUGCACCCGAUGAGGACGAACAGCAGCUGAACAACGGCAGUGACAACAGCUGUCUAUUGCGCACCGGCACUAUAGGUACGACCCAUCCCACCGCUGCUACCAGCACAGCCGCCUCUGUGGCAGAGCUGCGGCAUAAGGACACGAAUCGUUUGAGUCCACAGAACUCGAUAAGGCGUUUGUCCAACACGCUCAGCAUUGGUAGUGGUCCGGGCAGUCGAAGAGCCUCCGCCUGCAUCUUCAACUCGCAGGUCUAUCAGAAUCUCAACCAGCCGCCCAAGCUGAGGGGUGCCGGGCAGCGGCGAAUGAGUUCCAUUGAGCUGGCAUUCAGUAAGACGUCUCAUUUGAAUCUGCAUAAUUUGGAGGCGAAUCGCAAGUCGCUAUCGUACACAAACUCCAAAAUGGAUCUGGACAAGUGGCAGAAGUCCUACACGAAUCUCAACGAACCGGACAUGCUGCAACAGUAUAUGGAGGCGCGCGAUAAGCGCAAAAACUCCAUCAGUCACUACAAUUUGAAGAAGCGGCUCGAGGAGAAGGAGCUGCAACAGCUACAGCAGCUGCAUCAGCAGCAAUUACAAUUGCAACAGCAGCAACAACUUGAUUCGCAAACGGAAUCACAGCUACCGCCACAAAUGCUGGCCAAGGAGCUGCAGCAGCUAUCCAUGCAACAACAACAACAGCAACAGCAACAUUCCAUGGUGCCAAGCGGAGGGGAACCGUUCUCAAAGCUAAAAAUGAUCAUACAGCGUCUGACACCCAAACAUUUCACCACAGAACGUGACUCCUACUCCAUGUACAUCUUUCCGGAGGACAACAGGUUCCGGCAAAUCUGCUCUUGGUUUGUGAACCAGAAGUGGUUCGACAAUGUUGUGCUGCUAUUUAUAGCUCUCAAUUGCAUAACACUCGCCAUGGAAAGACCAAACAUCCCUCCAAGCAGCACCGAAAGAGUGUUCCUGGCAACAGCCAAUUACGUCUUCACCGUCGUCUUCACUGUCGAAAUGUUCAUUAAGGUAGUUGCCACGGGCAUGUUUUAUGGCCCGGAUGCAUAUUUCACAUCCGGCUGGAAUAUAAUGGAUGGAUCUUUGGUUACAAUUUCGAUAGUUGAUUUGUUAAUGUCAUUGAUUAGCGAAUCGAGCCCCAGGAUAUUUGGGAUUUUAAGGGUGUUUCGGCUACUUCGUUCCCUGAGGCCGCUGCGUGUGAUUAAUCGAGCGCCGGGUCUGAAACUAGUCGUGCAAACGCUCUUAUCAUCCCUGCGUCCCAUUGGGAACAUUGUGCUGAUCUGUUGCACCUUCUUCAUCAUCUUUGGCAUACUGGGCGUACAGCUCUUCAAGGGCACCUUCUUCUACUGCGAGGGCGAGAACAUCAAGAACGUUCGCAAUGCCCACGAUUGUCGCAGCAUUCCUGGUAACGUUUGGACGAAUCGCAAAUAUAACUUUGAUGAUCUGGGCAAGGCACUGAUGUCCUUGUUUGUGCUGAGCUCCCGCGACGGCUGGGUGAACAUCAUGUAUACCGGCCUGGAUGCUGUCGGCGUUGAUCAGCAACCGAUUGUCAACUAUAACGAAUGGCGUUUACUCUACUUUAUCGCAUUCAUUCUGCUCGUCGGCUUCUUUGUGCUCAACAUGUUUGUGGGCGUUGUUGUCGAGAAUUUCCAUCGAUGUCGCGAGGAACAGGAGAAGGAGGAGAAGAUUCGGCGGGCCGCCAAGCGGGCACUGCAAAUGGAAAAGAAACGUCGACGGAUGCAUGAGCCACCCUACUAUACGAAUUACUCACCCACCCGCCUAUUCGUCCACAAUGUGGUCACAUCGAAGUACUUUGAUCUGGCCAUUGCCGCUGUCAUUGGCCUAAAUGUGGUCACCAUGGCCAUGGAGUACUAUAAGAUGCCCAUGGCCCUACAGUAUGCAUUGAAGAUCUUCAAUUACUUCUUCACCGCUGUCUUCAUACUUGAGGCGAAUAUGAAACUGGUUGCGCUUGGCUGGCGUCUCUAUCUAAAGGAUCGCUGGAAUCAACUGGAUGUUGGCAUUGUUCUACUCUCCAUCGUUGGCAUCGUUCUCGAGGAAUUGGAAACGAACAUCAUACCCAUAAAUCCGACCAUAAUACGUGUGAUGAGGGUGCUACGCAUCGCUCGCGUGCUCAAACUAUUGAAAAUGGCUAAGGGUAUUCGGGCGCUGUUGGACACGGUGAUGCAGGCCCUGCCACAGGUGGGCAAUCUGGGGCUGCUGUUCUUUUUGCUGUUCUUCAUAUUUGCGGCGCUGGGCGUGGAGCUAUUUGGGCGGCUCGAGUGCUCCGAUGAGAUACCCUGCCAGGGUCUCGGCGAGCAUGCGCACUUCGCCAACUUUGGCAUGGCUUUCCUCACAUUGUUUCGCGUAGCGACUGGCGACAACUGGAACGGCAUCAUGAAGGACACGCUGAGGGAUAACUGCGAUGACGCGGCCGAUUGCGUGCGCAAUUGUUGCGUCAGCUCGGUUAUUGCUCCCAUAUUCUUUGUGAUAUUCGUUCUUAUGGCGCAAUUCGUGUUAGUGAACGUCGUCGUGGCUGUACUGAUGAAACACCUCGAGGAGAGCCACAAGCAAAUGGAAGAUGAGCUUGACAUGGAGGUCGAACUGGAGCGUGAGCUCGUACGCGAACAGGAGUUCGCACAGGAGCAGAAACUCUGCCAGCAGCUGGCGGAGGCGCAGAGCAAGGCCGCUGUCGUUCAGCCACGCCCACUCGCCAAAGUCAAAUCGCUGCCAAAGAACUUUAUCUACAGCACCCCAUCAAUGGACAAGAAGUUCCCACCACCCAAUGCCAGCUUGAACAGCAGCGCCGCCACAAAUCUAAACCUGGCCAGUACAUUGGCUACAUCGGCUGGUGCCGGUGUGGGUGCGGGUGUAGGUGGUGGUGUGGGUGCAGGCGGACGUCGCCAGACCAUACAGUACUUAAAUCAACAGCAAGGGAUGGGAUUGGGCCUCAGCCUCGCUGAAAUGGGCGGCGCGCUGACGCCUCAGGCGCUCGGCGCCCGGCUGGGCGAACCCUUUGGCGGCGGCCUAGUGACGGUAGGGGCAACAGGUGAACAGCCGUUGCAACUACCGCCCCUGGGACGGCGCGGGCGUCGCGCCUCAGCCGCCUCCGGCUUCCGUAAGCGCGGCGUGCUGUCCAAGGAGCGCUCGCUGGAUGAGCAGGCAAUCCGACGUCGCAACCUUGAGGCAAAACGCACCAGCUGCGAUUCGCUGCCGUGGGGUGGCGAUGCAUUGGACUAUCGACGCGGCACCAUCUUCGAGAGCCUCGAGUCAGAUGGCGGUGCCGGCAACAGUCCCAAUUCCAGCUAUGAUUUGGAUGUGCGCAGCAUACGCAGCGCCGACGUCAUAACCCGUCCGCGAUCCGAUCUAGAUGGAGAACCAUUGGCGCUGGUCAGCUCCCUUGUGCAGCCAACAAUAACAGCUCUACACACGACCCAGCCCCAGCCCCAGCCCCAACCUCAGCCCCAUCCCACCGUUACACAACAGCAACAACAGCAACAACCACAAGCACAACAGCGUCGUCCAUUUGGCUGGUCACAGUCCGUCGAUCAGGGCUGCAUGGGAAGGAGCAGCCUGUUACUAUCGGUGCCGCGUUCAAUGCCACCGCGCAGUCGGAGCGGCAGUACCAAGCAGCUGUUCAAGCAGCAGGCACUCGAUGAGGACGCCGACAUGGAUGAGAGUUCCCUGUUGCUGCCAGCAGCACAAGCAACAGCACCACCACCAGCAACAACCACAACACUACAACACAUGUCAGCCGGUGGCAGUGGCAGCGAUUGCCCAGUGGCAAUCAACAAGUCCGAUACGGCGGACAUUAUGCGCAUCAUCAGCGAACGACGGCGCAUGGAUCAGCGGGAUCAGUGCGGCAACGAGGAUAGCGAUUACAAUGAGCUGCUUCUCGUCAAAUCGCCGCAGUCGUCAACGGACUAA